AUGGACGUGCGCACCACGCUCGUGCUGGAGUUGCUCGGAGGCCCUCACCCCGUGGCGCGCUUGGCUUGCAGCUGCCGCGAGUUGUUGCAGACCUUGCGCGACAGGGCUGGCCGCCUGCGGGUGUCCAAUGCCAGCUUUAGUGCCUCCCAGGUGGCGUUGCUGGCGCUAAACACUGACAGGCGGCCCUUGAGCCUGGAUCGGCUUCGGAGUCUGCGCCUGGAUGUGCUGGAGGAGAGUGGCCGAAUUCCAGAGAGGAUGCUGGACCAACUCCUCAGCAGCCUGGGGAGCUUCCUAGCCUCAAAGUCUGAGCCACUGCCAUUGGAGGAGCUGUCUUUGCGGCUGGCGUCCUAUGGCUCCAAUGCGAGGCCCCUAAGGCCCAGCGCUUCGGCGCGGGCGAGCCUCUUGCGGGGCUUGGCGGGUCUACAUCUGCGGCGCCUGGAGUUGAGCUUCCUACCGCUGCAGCGCAAGGAGAUCCAGCAAGAGGUGGAUCUGGGCGAGGGCAAGGUGAGCUUCCUGUCCAUGCUCCAAGGCCAAGGCCUGCUGAAGGACCUGCGGCUCACCCACAACGGUAUGUAUGGGGAGGUGGCGCUGCAGUUGGUCAAGGCACAGGGUGCCGAAGUCUCCAAUGCUGCAUUCCGGGAAGGAGCCUCCAUGGACCCUGACCCGGGCUGUUGGACAAUUUGCUUUUGA